UAGAACCCUCUCUUGAUAUGGUGAAACAAUUCGUACUUGACUUUAUGCAUCUUGGAUGCCUAGGUGUCCUUAAAAAAAUGCUCCAAGACUUUUGGCUGGAAGGAAACUUAACAACAAAAUUGGGUCAAAAUGGUAAACGCCAACUGUCACAGAAUUUAAUAGAAUUGCAAUCGCAAAUACCUGAAGAAUUUCAGAGAACAACCAGAUCAGUGCAAGAUAUUGCAAAAUGGAAAGCUACCGAAUACCGAUUAUUUGGAUUAUACAUUGGCCCAAUUGUUCUGAAACCAAUAUUGCAAAAAAAACAUUACAAACAUUUUCUUUUACUGCAUGCUGCUUUUAGAAUAUUAUGCUCUGAUAAUGAUGUAGCAAUAAAGUACAAUGGACAAGCCAAAGCUUAUCUUAAAAGCUUUGUAUUACUUACGGAGCAAUAUUAUGGAGCACAGAAUCUAAUGCUUCGCAGUGGAAAUCGACCUCUUGCUCAAUUGUGUCGGCGGAUACAUGAAUCUUC